AUGUUACCUGCGAUGAACCGCCUCACACGCAUCGCGCUAGCCGUGAUUGCUGUGCUAUUCGUCUUCGCUAUAUUGGUGUCUUACCAGGCGCCCGAGAGCUUUAAGGAUCAUUUACCAAGCGCAGACUGGCAUUGGCCUUCGAAAGGCGACAAUGUCACUAUCGACGAGCCCCCAAAGCCUACCGACGCCGCUGGUGCCGUCGGCGCUGGAGAGGAGGACACAGAGUUGGAUAAGGACCCCAACACAGACAUCUCCUACGAUUUGACUCGAGCUCCUACACCGGGUUGCGAGAACAUCGUCAACGACUUGCAGCAGCGUCUCAUCCACGCUUACCAGAAGAGGUUCGAAGGAAUUCGCUAUGCCAACAUCUGGGGUUAUCUCGAGACGGAGAACAAGGGUGAUGCUGCGAUUUGGUCCGCACAGCAGAUUCUGCUGAGUAUCCUUGGAAUCGAGACUAUGGAAGCCUGCCGCUUCAUGUACAAGGACUGCGACAUUACAAAGUUCCGCAAAAAGUUGGAGGAGCACCGCCCACACUCUGGUAUCAUCAUGGCUGGUGGCGGUAACUUCAACGAUUACUACUGGGAGGACCAACCUUCGCGCAUGAACAUGAUUGAGAACUUCCUCAACGUCUCCAUCCGAGCUUUCCCCCAGAGUAUCUACAUGACCAACCCCGAGAGGAUCGACAAGACCAAAAAGGCUUUCACCAAGCACCAUGAUUUGCAGUUAGCUGCUCGCGACAAGCCCAGCUACGACUGGCUCAUGGACAACUUUGGACAGACGGACGGUAUUCAGAGUGAUCUGGUGCCUGAUAUUGCUUUCAUGUGGGGCAACCGAUCUGACUUCCGACACAACACAAAGAAGACCCACGAUAUUCUGAUUCUCGCCCGAAAGGAUGCCGAGAUUUCUGACGGUGAUUCUGCUAGCAUCGAGUUUGGCGAGGGCAAGGUCGACUUGGGUGGCAGCAUUGGCAACGUAACAUACAACAAGGUCGACUGGAAGUUCACCAAGACCCCUUCGAUCGACGACGACGCCCAGCGCGAGGAGGGUAAGAACCAGCGAGCGUGGGCCAAGUCAAUGGCCGGCUUCGAGCUCUUGGGGUCUGCUCACUUUGUCAUCACCGACCGUCUCCACGGUCACAUUCUAUCGACAGUCAUCGGCGUACCACACGUGCUGAUGGAUAGCAAGUUGGGUAAGAACCUCAACUUCCACAACACAUGGACGCGCGACUGCGGCUGCACCAAGAUUACAAAGAGCAUCGACUCUGCGUUUGACGUGGCGCGCAUGUACUUUGAGCAGCAGGUCAAGGACGGUCUCAGGGCUGUUGACCCGCCCAAGCCCAAGUCUGUACCUACACCUACUCCCCAGGCUGAGGCUGGCUCAUCAUGA